UUUCUAUUCACAUGUAUCUGAUUAUUUCUUCUUGGGUUUAAAGUUUACUCUUUUAUCUCGUUUUCGCUGAUUCGUCUUGUUCUCUCUUCCGAUCCUUUUUUUGUCUCUGCUUCUUGCUCUGUUCGUUCAUUUACUUAUCUUCUCCAUCUCACUACCUUUUUGAUUUAGCUGCUGUUGUAGUAAUUGUAUAUAUGUUCAUUUUGAUGCAAUUCAAGGUACAGAUGUGUUUCUUGGUGUCAAUUUUCAGGCUCUGUGGUAAAUAAAGUCCUGUUCUUGAUAUUGGUGGUUUCAUCAGAAUUAGGAUGAAAGAGAAGAAGGGUCAUUACGUGCCACCAUCUUAUAUUCCAUUAACACAGUCAGAUGCUGAUACUGAAGUAGAGACCACUACUCCAAAUCUGGAAAUUGCUGUUUCUGAAAGCACAAAAGAUGAUCCGAGACAAUGGUCAUCUGGUAUAUGCGCUUGCUUCGACGAUAUGCAGAGCUGUAUGCUACUACUCUCUGUCAUCCAAACCUUCUUCAUUUUACUACACGAAUCAAAUUUGUUAAAGGUUGUGUAGGUUUGUUCUGUCCUUGUUAUAUCUUUGGCAAAAACGCAGAGCUUCUGGGGUCUGGAACAUUUGCAGGACCCUGCUUAACCCAUUGCAUCUCCUGGGCUUUGGUCAAUACCAUUUGCUGCUUUGCAACUAAUGGCGCAUUGCUCGGUCUACCGGGAUGCUUUGUGUCAUGUUAUGCUUGCGGGUACCGCAAAUCAUUAAGAGCCAAGUACAAUUUACAGGAGGCUCCAUGUGGGGAUUUUGUAACACACUUCUUCUGUCACUUGUGUGCCAUUUGCCAAGAAUACAGAGAGAUUCGAGAACAAAGCAGUGGUUCAUAUCCUCUUGACAUGAAGAUGGCUAUCACCAAUGCCCCCUUGGCUCAAACCAUGGAAUCAGCUAACUGAUCACUUUGUCUCAUUGAGCUUCCUUGUUUAUUUUGUAGAAGACAUUUUUCUUUUCAUCGACUUUUGCAAUGUAUUUGAGAAGUUUGAUGAGUAAGUAAAACUUUCUAAGGUAAUUUAUCAUAUAUAAAAAAGAAUUUGUGAAUCUGCCACAACCACAAAA